CGACGAAAGGUCAAGGUCGGAUGAAACAAACCAGGCUGGAAUCAUGACGAUGCCAGGAGAAAAAUGCCCUAUGGUACUAGUAUCGGGCAACUCUCACCCAGAACUAGCACAAAUGAUUGCAGAGAAGCUGUCUGCUCAUCUUUUAGACUGCUGCUGUUACAACAAGGCAAAUAGAGAAACGUGUGUUGAGAUCAAGGAGUCAGUUCGUGGGAAGGAUGUUUACAUCAUACAGACUGGCACAAAGGAUGUGAACAAUGACAUGAUGGAGCUUCAGAUCCUAGCGUACGCCUGCAAGACAAGCUGUGCCCGCAAUGUUGUAGGCGUCAUUCCGUACUUGCCAUACUCCAAGCAGAGCAAGAUGAGAAAACGAGGAUCUAUCGUAUGCAAACUUCUCGCCAAGAUGCUCAGCAGAUCGGGGUUAACCCACAUCAUCACCAUAGAUCUCCACCAGAAAGAAAUCCAGGGCUUCUUUGACAUUCCCGUUGACAAUCUCCGAGCGUCCCCAUUCCUGAUAGAGUAUAUUCAGUCUACAAUACCAGAUUUCCGUAAUGCUGUGAUAGUGGCCCGGAAUCCUAACUCAGUGAAAAGGGUGACAUCAUUCGCGGAGCGUCUUCGUCUUAGUAUUGCGGUGAUUCACGGAGAGGAGAAAGAUGAUGAUGAACCUAUUGAUGGUCGGACGUCCCCGCCCCGGCAUGUUCAUGGGGAGGCCUCUGCUUUUAAUCCAAUCCCCGCCAUGCAGGCCAAAGAGAAACCUCCACUUAAUGUUGUUGGUGAUGUUGGAGGGAGGAUUGCCAUCAUUGUGGACGACAUGAUAGACGACGUCCAGUCAUUUGUAGCGAUCUCGGCUGUGUUGAAGGAGAGAGGGGCGUACAAGAUCUAUGCCAUGGCAACACACGGUCUCCUGUCCUCGGAUGCACCAAGGCUCAUAGAAGACUCCUACAUUGAUGAAGUUGUGGUGACCAACACAGUUCCGCAUGAGAUCCAGAAGAUGCAGUGUAACAAGAUCAAGACAGUGGACAUCAGCGGGAUGUUGGUGGAGGCAAUACGCCGAAUACACAACAAAGAGUCCAUGGCAUUUCUCUUUAGAUACAUCGGAAUGGAGGACUGACAAAGGCAUGAAUCUUUGCGCUGUACCAAUAGAGAAUGCCAUGCAACUUUGGGCAAAAAUGUGUACAAUACCCGUAGCAGGGAAAAUAUGUUGUCUCCCGACACAACUUACAUGAACUUAAAGAAACAGAAUCAUUGAACUUUGUAUAGGAAUAUAUCCUAAUUGAGGUAAAAAUGUGUAAGGGUUUGUCUCAGAGUUUAGGGCAUUUCUAAGCUUAAUUGCUCAUACCAGUGUAUACAAUGUAACUUUGCCAGGAAGCAAGCUUUUAAAUUCAUUUCAAGAUAUUUAAUGGGUGUUCAAUUCCUUUAAAGAUAAGACAUGCACCACUAUGUGAAAUAUUGUACAUAACAGGCUAAUCAGUGAGAAUUUGAUUGCAACUGAUACAUAUUAUAUUCAUGUCAUUGACUUUCGUUGUUGUUACAUGUUUGAAUAACAUGCUACGACUUCCGAUGUGCCUCGGAAGAGAUCUAAUAUGGAACCUUGAUCAACAUAUGUUUGUUUAAUAGGAUGAUUUCGAAAUUUAAAUCACUUUUUUUCUGAUUUCUCUAACAAAUAACUUUUUGCUAUCCAGAGUGGAUUUCAUUCAUAAUGAAUUGCUUUUUAAUUUCAUAUAGCAGUGAUAUCUGUAAGCUAUUUCCACAGCUAGAAAACUGUUUUAUUACAAGAUGCAAGCUCUUUUAAGAAUAUGCAUGUCUGUUCAUCUUUAGGUUACUCAAAAAAUAUUAAUAUCAUUUCUUUUCAUGUCUAUUUUUACUGGUUGUAUUUUAAUUUAGAUCAUUUAUGUACAUGGAGUUCAGUCUCAUAAGACCAAUCAUGUGUUACAAACUUGUUGUAUUUUAUAAUUUGUUGACCAAUCCUUUGUUACAAACUUGAUGCAUUUUUUAGUUUGUUGUUUCAUGUUUUUCCAAAUCCGGAAUAAAUACUGUUAAGUCUGA